AUGCCGCAAAUUACUUUAUUUGAUCCCAAUACUGAAAAUACGUACAUAAUUGAAGUGACUAAAGCCGAUGCAAAAAGAGCUAGUGAAGAUUUGGUAUUCGCAACCUAUCUUUUAAAUAAACACUUAAAUAAACAAUCUCAGAUUGUGUCUAACUUAAUUCCUGAUGAGGAAUUAAGUCGUGCCAAUGUCGUUACGAAUCCUGCUAUUACUACAAUUAUUACAGAUACUGAUGCUUCCGUAGCUCAUGAUGCAGACAAUGAUACAGCACAAAUCGAAGGAGAUGAUUGUUUUCAAGAGAAAGACAGUUUUCGUUGGCCACAUGAAGCAAUACUUUUACUGUUACAAAUGUAUACAGACAAUGAACAUCAUCUUACAAGUGGUAAAACAACACACAAAAAAUUUUGGGAAUUGAUUGCUUCCAAAUUAAUUGCAAAUGGAUAUAAUGUAACUGGCGUACAAUGUAAAAGUAAAAUGGCAGGAUUAAAAAACACGUACAAAAAUGUAAAAGAUCACAAUGCUAAAAGUGGUAAUAGUAGGCGAACAUGGCGAUAUUUUGAGAUGAUGGAUGAAAUAUUUAAUAAAAAACCAUGGGCCGAGUCACUUCUUACAUUGGAAAGUAGCAGUUCGAGUACAACUGUGACCUCUGCUGACGAAAAAGAAGACAUUCCAAGUAAAAGAUCCAAUUCACCUUUUGGUGAAAAAAAAUUACCCUCUAAACGCAAGAAAUACAAUACGUUGGAGACAAUGAUUCAAGAAAAUGCUGCUACAAGACAAAAAAUGCAUGAAGAAGCGAUGUCACGGCAAGAUAAACUACUGGAUAUAUUACAACAAUUUCUUCAGAAAUAAUGACACGAAAGUGAUUUUACUUUA